UUCUCAAUCGGGAAGGAAGCUGUGAAAUUGUCAAUAAAAAAGUUUAUAAACAAGUCUCCAGUUGAAAAACAAUUGUUUCUUAAACAAUUCUUUUUCGAGUUUUUUUUUUAUCCCAGUAUUAUAGAGAUGAAUGUUUCGAUCGAGAAAAAACGAGCAGACUGUGCGGCACUACCAAAAGGCUGGCAACGGGAGGAAGUCCUCCGAAAAUCGGGACUGUCUGCUGGGAAGGUAGACGUUUACUAUUACAGUCCAACGGGUAAAAAGAUCGAAAGUAAACCACAGCUGGCUCGAGCACUCGGCGAUACAAUCGACCUGUCGACGUUCGACUAUCAGGCCGGUCGAAUUGUACCGAACGCAACCCAUAUGAUGUUGCAGCACAAUGCGCUCAAACGAAAAUUGGGUAACCCGACAGCAAGUGCUCCUACGGGAACAGGACCAACGCCUCCACCACCCGUUCCGAUCUAUCAUCAGUUCUCCGGUGGAGCAGGAGGUGCGAAGCAGCAGCACCAGCAUCAGCAGUAUGACUACAGUCGUGGAAUGCGAGCGGAUACUUCACUGAUUCCUCCGAUUCGACAGACGGCAUCCAUUUUCAAGCAGCCAGUUACCGUCGUCCGGUCGCAGGACAGCGAAAGCAAAGUUAAACGUGAACUACAGCAUGGCUCUCAGAUUAAACCGAAGCAAUUGUUUUGGGAGAAGCGACUGGAGAAUCUACACGCUAACAAUACGUUCAACGAGGAGAUUGGCAGUCUGGAGCUUCCGAAGCGCCUGAAAGCUGUUGGCCCUGGGGUAAAUGAAGCCACGGUUCUGCAGUCACUAGCCACUGCCCUACACCACAACACUCAUCCGGUAACCGGUCAAACCGCUUCGAAGACUUCAUUGAAUACAAAUGCCGGAGUGUUUCUUAAUCCGGAACAACCUUUGAUGCAUGUGACCACCGUCACCGAAGAUGACAUUAAAAGGCAGGAAGAACGAGUCCAGUUCGCUCGUUCACGGCUACAAGAGGCUUUGCGGGUGUAAGCUAAGGUAAUUUAUCGUCCAUUUUCAUGUGUGUGUGUUCGCGUUCAUAUCGACUUCUGAGCUGCAAUUUCUCAUUAAGACUAGUAAUGUAUGUUUUGACUAGAUGUGGAAUAAAUUUUAACAAUUA